CAUUUUACGGGCUUGUUUACUUCUAGAGAAAUGUUAUAGCAUGUAAUAGACUGUGUAUUACCUAUGGUUUUUAAUUGAUUUUAAGGUUAUUGUGGACUUUUGGUGCACCAGAAAAUGAUAAUAUGGAACUUAAACUUAUACAGAUGUGAUUGUCAUGGGUGAAUUAAAGAAACAACGUAAUCGAUAUGGCUUUUUCAUUGGAUUUGCUACUCAUUCGACAGCCUAAACAAUACGGCGAGAGUUCAAGGCUAAGUUCUUCUAAAUGUGAACAAACAACGGCGGAUUUACGAUAAAUUCUUGUGAUCAAUUUUAGUACAUGUGAUUUGUUGUGAUUAAAAAAUGUGAUUUUGUAUAUUUUUUAAGAACGGAAAUAACCCUUCCUUCUUUCAAACAAAUUAACGUAAAGCUUCUAUAGUCGAUGUUUGUUUAUGACCAGCCUGGGGAUUUUUAUAGUUUGCUACGCACCGCGACAAGGGUCUCGUUUUGAUAACUUUCCCAGACCCUUUGUUGUUUAGCCCACACGUGUUUCUUCGCAUACUUGAAAUAACUGUUAUAUUAACAAUUUAUAUAAUAUACACAGAGUUCUUUAAUUAAUAGACAGCAGAUAUCUUGCAAGCCUGCAUAUAUUUAUAUUUCCUCUAUCUCUCUUCUCAGCACACAUGACACUAUUUUGAUAUGAGCUAGAAUUUAAUAUGGUAAAACUACUUCAGCAAACAGCAUGUUUCUUGUUGGUCAUCCUGUGUCUGUGCAUGGUGGGGGCGAGAUAUGCUAUGGACAAGAAAACCACCAAGUACCCCAAUCCAAAUGGCAAAGGUAUGAUAUGUGAAGAUGUUGAUAUUCGAAAUGAUGUGAAUGCAUUUGCUGAACUAGAAAACUGUACCGUUAUCGAGGGAAACUUGAAAAUUCUUCUGAUUGAGGGGGCCUCCCACCAACAGUAUGAAAACCUGUACUUUCCCGAUCUAGUGGAGAUCACAGAAUUCUUUCUUCUUUAUCGUGUCUAUGGAUUAAAGAGUCUCAGACGAAUUUUCCCCAACCUGUCCAUAAUUCGGGGUCACAAGCUGUUCUUCAAUUUUGCUUUGGUGGUGUUCGAAUUGAUGGACUUGGAGGAGCUGGGUUUGAUCGGUCUGACCACCAUAGAACGCGGAGCAGUUAGGUUUGAAAAGAAUCCCAUGCUAUGUUAUAUUGAUACCAUCGACUGGACCAAAAUAGCUGUAGGUGUUCAGGGAAUGAGUGAGCACUACUUCAAAAGGAACAGAAUUGCCAAAGAAUGUGUGGAUGUGUGUCCAAAUAACUGUACCACCACAGCGGUUGUCACAGCAUCAGGGGAGGUUACCAAGGAAGUCAAGAGUAGAUGUUGGACCAAUUCGCAUUGCCAAAAGAUUCUAAAUUGUGACAGGAGUGAUUGUUUGAGUGGGAUCUGUGACCGGGGAAUCUGCUGUCACCCUAACUGCCUGGGAGGCUGUACUGGACCAACAGACCAGGACUGCAAAGUCUGCAAGAACGUCGUCAGCAUGAUCAACGGCAGGACCAUCUGCCAAAAGCAAUGUUUACCCGGAACCUAUACACUGCGGAAAAGAAGAUGUCUGUUGGAGCAUGAGUGUACGGGUGUGAUCAAGUACAAACUGGUCCGGAGCAACCAGACGGAACAUCCCGGGGAGUGUGUGGAUAAAUGUCUGGCAGGAUACCUGGAGUCUAAAGACGGCAUGACCUGUGUCAAGUGUGUCGACAAAUGUCCAAAAAGUUGUAACGGAAAGAAGCUGGAGACUGUUGCACAAUCACAGGAAUUGUUUGGGUGUACCAAAAUUGUCAACCACCUAGAAAUCAGGAUCAGAAAAGGAACCAAUGUUGCUCAGGAGCUGGAAAAGAACCUUGGCCAGAUUGAGGAAGUUCAGGGCUACGUGUGGAUCCAUAACUCCAAUAAUCUUCUCUCGCUGGGCUUCUUCAAAAAUCUUAGGAUUAUCCGCGGACAAUCCUCCAAUGCAGCAAACAGUUUUGCCCUCCUUGUCCACGACAACAUGAAUCUACAGGAACUGUUCCCAGAGAAAGUCAUGAACAAUCUGGAAAUAGAAAAUGGCAAAAUGAUAUUCCACUACAACCGCAAACUCUGCUACAACAAGAUCAAACAAUUUGAAGAGAAGGUCAAGAUGCCGAAUAAGUCCCAGAAUGAUAUAUCUGAAAGCACUAAUGGAGAUCAAAUGCCAUGCACUGUGGAGACCCUGAACCUGACUGUAGUUAAGAUAGCCGCACGGAUUGCUUUCCUACGCUGGGAUAACUUCAAAACUUCUGAUGCAAGGCAAUUGCUAAGCUAUGUUAUCAACUGGAAAGAGGCGCCAUUCAGAAAUCUUUCCAUCUAUGAAGGAAGAGAUGCUUGUGAUGAUGAUGUGUGGAAUACAAAGGAUAUUUUGAACAAAAUGGAGAGAGAUGAAGACCAUGUGACAUCCUUGCUGCUGAGCUUGAAGCCCUGGACACAGUAUGCAGUCUACGUACAGACCUACACUACAUCAUCAGCCAAAUUUGGAGCCAUCAGCAAGAUUGUUUAUUUCACUACUCUUCCAUAUUAUCCUACCGUACCAGACAAGUUACGAGUGAAGGCAUUAGCACCAGGGACCCUUAAAAUUAUGUGGAACCCUCCCUCCAACCCGCAUGGCAAUGUUACUCAUUAUGAGGUGUACUGGAGGAAACGACCAUUGGUGCAUGAAAAAUUUAAUGAAAGAGACUAUUGCUCAGAACCAUUAGAUACACUGAUAGAACAGUCAGAGGAUCUGUAUGAUGAGCAGGAUGAACUAAAAGCUGGCCGGGACCAGUUAGGACGAGAAUUCAGCAACAAGACAGUACAGGGAGAAUGCGCGUGUCCAAAGUCCAACGAGGAUGAGGAGGUGAAGAGGAAAGAGAGAGAAAUAGAGAUCGCGUUUGAGAACUUCUUACAUAACUAUGUCUACCUGAAGAGGCACAAACAAGAUGGGACAGAUUACGGUCCCCCCAAACCAAUGCCGGACUUGCCCGCUGAUUUGCCCACAUCAAUGGACAGCAAAAAAGCAGAAAAACUGUUCAAAAAAAAUCGCAAGUUCAACUUCAAUAUGACACGUCCUACCAGACUGCCAAAAAAUCAGAACCCCAAGUUCACCCGCCAGAGAGCCAAGCGGUACAGUCGAGAGGCAUCCAUGCAGUAUAACUCCUCAGUCCCCGGCCACCUCAAGUUCAAUCUGAACGAGUCCCUAGAAAAUGACAAUGAGACAGCCAAUGAGACAGAAAAAGAUCUCCCAUUUAAAAAGGUCAUUGUUCAGACUCCCGUACAGAAGAACGAUAUGAGUUACAUCAUCAGCAACUUGGGCCACUUUCAAGACUACAGGAUUGAGGUGAUAGCUUGUCAGGAGAGAGACCCUCGGGAUCCAGCCAAAAUGAAGCUCUGUAGUAUCCGGGCUAUAUCACUGGCCAGGACCCUACCAGACAAAAAAGCUGAUAACAUUGAUCGAAAUUCAAUCAAGAUUUACAAAAUGACGAACAAGACAGGGGAAGUAAUUGUGAAUUGGGAUGAGCCUAAAACCCCCAACGGACUCAUUCUAAGCUAUGAUAUUCAGUACAGCAAAGUCAUCAAAGAUGUGAAGCCCAAUACUCUGUGUGUACCUCACCUGAAGUAUAAGAAGAUUCACGGCUAUAAACUACAGAAGCUGGAGCCUGGGAACUACUCUGUACAGAUACGGGCCACCUCCCUGGCCUUCACAACCAACUACACUGAGCCGAAAUAUUUCUUUGUGUCUGCUCCAGCGACUGAAUCUGAGUGGCCUCCUGAAACAAUCAUCGCUGUCACAGUGUCGGGGGUUCUCCUCCUAAUUCUCAUCGUCGUCAUCGGUGUGUGGUUCAUCGCUCGUAGCAGAUUCAAGAAGAUACCAGACAGACCUGAUUUUACCUCCAUCAACCCGGAUUAUGAACAUUACAACCCUGAUGAAUGGGAAGUAGAGCGUGACAAGAUUCAGCUUAUCCGGGAACUGGGACAAGGUUCAUUUGGUAUGGUGUACGAAGGUGUCGCCAGAGACCUGUACGGAAAAGGAGGGGAAAUCAAAGUGGCUGUCAAGACUGUCAAUGAACAUGCCACAUACAGAGAGAGGAUGGAGUUCCUCAGCGAAGCAUCUAGAAUGAAGGCCUUUUCCUGUAACCAUGUAGUUCGGUUACUAGGUGUGGUCUCGGAUGGCCAGCCAGCCCUACUUAUUAUGGAACUGAUGGAGAAAGGCGAUCUCAAGAAUUUUCUCAGGAUGCAUCGACCAGUAGAAGAAGACAUUGAUUCUACAUUUGCUGGAAUAAAGGAAAACAUAAGUAGAACACCACCCACCAUUAAGCGAAUUAUUCAGAUGGCAGGAGAAAUAGCUGAUGGCAUGGCCUAUUUAGCUGAUAAGAAAUUUGUACACAGGGAUUUAGCAGCUAGGAAUUGUAUGGUUGCUGAAGACCUGACUGUCAAAAUCGCAGAUUUUGGCAUGACAAGAGAUAUUUAUGAGACAGAUUACUAUAGGAAGGGGGGCAAAGCAUUAUUACCGGUGAGGUGGAUGGCUCCCGAAUCAUUAAAAGACGGGAUAUUUACCAGUCUGUCCGAUGUGUGGUCUUAUGGAGUGGUCUUAUGGGAGAUGGCCACUCUAGCUGCCCAGCCUUAUCAGGGCCUGUCGAAUGAGGAGGUCCUGAGGUACGUGCUGAACGGGCGCGUGAUGGAAAAACCGGAAGACUGUCCAGACAGACUAUUUGAAUUAAUGCAAAAGUGUUGGCGCUAUCGACCAAAACAGAGACCAACUUUCAAGGAGAUUUUAGAGGAAUUGGUUCCAGAAUUAGACCCAUCAUUUGCCCACAAGUCAUACUUUUUCAGUGAUGAAAAUAAACAAGAUUCAUUAGAAUACAUAGAGGAAGGUGAUGAAGAAAUGGACGAGUCAAAAAUGCCAUUCAUUCAGGAUGAGGACGAGUGUGACAUGAAAGGAGCGGAAGGGGGCGUGGACCUCCGCGAGCUCCAGGACCAAGAAUUAGACGAUGAUAUAGACAUCGGGAAUGAUUACUGUCCCCCAGACUAUGAGGAAACACAGCAUUCGAAUCAGAAUGGGGAGUUAUUCCCCGAACUGAGGAUUGAUAAAGUGAAUAAUGUGUUAUAUUCUCGUUCACAAGCGGACAAACUGAUGCUAAAUGGCACAGAGCCUUGUGACUGCAUUCUAACGCAGGAGAGCAAUCCGGAGCUACUUCCGGAGCAUCAGUUUAGUUCUUGUUCCAAUCCUUACAGUGCAAUAGGGUCAAGUGACGAUAGCAAGGACAGCUCAAAGAGUUCCAGUAGCAGUUACGCUCAAAUGAACGGCGUCCAUAUUGCGAACGGACAUAUUGCCAUGCAUCACUUAAAAACGACAAAAUGCUAGUGUUUUUUUUUUCUUUCUCUCAUUUUAUCCUUCAUAGUCAUGUCUUAAAAUAGAUGUUAUUGUGAUCUCAUUUCUACCAUAUUUCAUUGUUUUUCAUUAUGAUGUCAGUUUUAUGAAAUUCUUUCCAGCCGUGUUGACAUGAUAUUGGUCAACCCUCUUCAGACUGGUCCUGCUUUUAUCAUAGACUCUGUGUCAAAACAAACUUUUGUUUUUAGAGAGAAUGUUUUAUUUGGGCAUGGGUUGAAAUGUAUACACUGUUGAAUGUAUGACUACAUUGAGCUCAGUUUUAGUUGAUUGUUCUCAGUCCCAUUAUUACAGAUCUUUUAAAAGUUUUGAGAUUAAUGUAUCUUUUUUUAUGUGUUACAAUUUACAUUUAGUGUCAUAUAAUGCAGUUUUUAAACAAAGAAAACUGUUUUGUAUUACUCAAAAAUUUGAUUAUCAUAACAAAUUUAAAAGUUUAAAAGUUUUUAAUGUUGAAAAGGUGUAAUUUUUUUCUAAUGAGUUUUACUUUUCUACAAUGCUUGUUCAAGUAAAUUUGAUAUAAACAUUUUUUUCUAAAUGAAAGCAAGAUUGCAUUUUCUGCCAGUUUUCAAGAUUGUGUGGCGUUACAUAGCCUGGUAUUCCCUUAAUUCUGCAAAUUAUUUCUUAGUAAUGGUCAUCUUGAAGCUGUAUCCUGAAAUUAUUAAACAGAAAAGAAAAUUAAGACACAUUUUGAUACUGAUACAUAUGUGUAUUAGAAAAGCACCAAUAUAAAUUUAUGAUUACAAAUAGUAUUAGAAGUGCUAUUGCAGAAUUGUUCAGAAAUUUGAAAAGUAAUGAUUAUGUUACAAUAACAUAAUGGUUUCAUAUCGGUCCUGUAAGACAAGCAACAUGGUAUAGAUUUUUUAUCCCCUUAAACUAGUCUUAAUUUAAAACUGAUCAUGUAAUCAAAUGUCAAACAACAGAUAUGUAUACAUUCUAGUCGUAGUGCUGUGUGAUGGUAUAGUGAGAAAGAAAGACAUUUUCUUGGUUGUAAAUUUCAAUAAUGUAUGGCAUUGACAGUAUUUUUAUCAAUGUUUUCUUAAUUUGAUGAGAAUAUUCUCCUUGGAUCUCUUUUUCUCAAAAUCAAAAUAUGAUAUAGCCGUAUGACAUAAGAGGUAGUGAAUGAUAUGUGAUGAUAUACAUGUAAAAUUAAAACAUGACAUUUAUUCCUAGAUUAUCAAUGUGGCAGGGGUUUCAGUAUUGCAGUGUCUCUUUCAUUGUGCUUUUGAAUGAAAUUUAAAAUUAGAUUAUGGAACUAAGACUUUCACUCAGAAGAAUCAAGAAGUAGGGAAAAAUAAUACAAAAUGUAUACAAAUUUGCAGGUAUUAAAUUUCUUAAUUGAUAUUUUUUGUCCUUUCAGUCAACAUAUUGAGGAAUUUUGAACAGGAGUGAGGUUUAAACAAAUCUUUAUAAAUUGGUGGAGAAAAUUGCUUUAUUAUAAUGAUUUUAUUUUAAAAGUUUGAUAUUAGUACUGAAAAACUGCAAUACACAGAUUUACCUGAACACUAGAUGAUAGGUGUGUCCAUCUACUCAGUAUACAAACACGGUCUGGUUUGGACUAAGUUACAUUCCUACACAUAACUGAUCACAUCUCUAACUCACCCAUUACAUUAGUCAGUUUUAAUAUUUUGAAAAGGACUGAAUGAAAAAAAAAUGAGGUCGUAGUAUAGUGUCAACAGAGCGGAAGCUAAAUUGUGUUUUACAUGUUGAGAAUAAAAGUUCAGUUUACAAUAUAAAAUUAAUGAUUUGUUGCUUCUGUAAUAGGAGGUAUUUAUUGAUUUUAGAUUCUGUUAGGUUUUCUAUUAUUUAAGUAAACAAUACCAUUGUAAUUCUCUAAAAAAAAAACUGCAUAUAUUUACUAGGAUUUGAUAUGAAAGAAAAGUUAAGGAGAGGGUUUUAGAGUUUAACUAAGAAGCUAAUGUCAGAAUCAUUAAUGUCAGGGACAGGUUGAUAUUUAUAAUCAUUAAUUACAUAUCCUGUAUAAAAACUCUCAGACAGUUGACCAAACUUAAUGAGUGAUUACAUCAGGUUUAUUUAUGUCAUAUGUAUAUAAUAAUAAACAUUCUCUGGGUUUUUUGUACCUCAGUCCUUUGUUGACAUGAUUUUGUGUGGGAUAUUUUAAGAACGUUAAUUAGAGACAAGUUAGAAAGAGCAGCUUAUAUUUGAAUUCAUCGCUUUCAGUAAUUUUUUUUAUACCAAAUCUGUUAAUGUUCUGUCUAAAGAAAAUGAAAGUUUUGUAAAGAGACUAAAAAUAUAAAGUCCAAUUUUGCGUUUUUAUUCAGUAUUUUCAUUUCAAAGUACGACUUCAGGCAAGUUUUUUGAUCUUGUUAAUAGUUUGAAUCAUUUAAAGAUCAAGACAAAUUUAUAAAUGUAUUCUAUAAUCUUUCUGUUUGUAAGUUAUUUCCGUAACUGCUCUCUGCUUUCAUAAACUGCAGAAAAAUUUCCUCUACACAAUCAUCACGAAGUUAGCUGGUGUUUACGAUUGUCUCAGAAGAAUAAUGUACAUAGGACAAUAACACUACAGGACAAUGCCUCCUUUAUAAAACUGAUGUCUAAAACUCGUUUAAUUUUUUACUUAUGUAGAUAAGGGACCUCCUUUUUGUGAUCAUCUAACAAGUCAGUCUACUGUAUUUAUUUGUUUUCUACCUCUUUUGAUACAUAUAUUUAUUGUCAUCAUCAAAAGAUACAUUUUAAUAAUACAAAUAGGUUGUUUCAAAGUCGAGGAAGUGUUAAGAUCCGCAUUAUCAGUCUGCAUUUUAAAGAAUUGGUUGUUUAAUUAUGAAAGGCAUUUAGUGAUUUUGUUAUGAGGGAACAAUUUUGACUACUGUUUUAAAUUAUUAAUUUACUUUUUUGAGUCGGCUUGGAAAUUUUAGAACAUUAUUUUUUUUUUUUUUAAAUUUUCAUCAUCAGUUUGCAUUAAACAGAAUUUUUUAUUAAACUAUUACCACUACAUGUAUAGAAAAGAAAGUAUACAUUGUAUCAAAAUUAUUUAUUGCAAAGAUUCUUUUUUAAAAAGUUGAAAAUCAUUAAAUGGAACUUACUUAUAUCACAUCUAGACAUGAUAUUGGGGAAACCAAAUAUUACACCAGGCCCUGAAAUGGGCUGGAGUUUGUAUACAACGUCAUCAAUAUUGAAAUAUUUUAAAUGAAAUAGAAUGCCAACAUGUAGAUGUCAUUACUAAGGAUAAAAAAUCAUAAAUAUUUACGUUCAUUAAGUACAAAGUAGUAUGAAUGUUGAUGAGAAAUAACUGCGUUGCGAGAUGAACAAUUGAUUUUGUGUAUGGAUGUAAGGGUAUGAAUGUUGAGUGUCGUUGUAUAAAGUUAUUACUAGUUGAAUGUGUAUGAGGGCAAUCUAUCUGAUAAUAUGUCUGCUCCGUAGAGGUCUGGCUUUUCUGUAGGAAGCAAUAAAAUCAUUUCAAAUUUUUAAAAAUUGUAUUAUUUUAGUUUUUUUUAUCUUUUUCAAAUUGUGAAGUUUUUAAACAAUUAUAUUUUUUGGCAAUUUUUUUUAGAGUACAAUCCAGUGUUUUAAACUGGGGACUUUUUUUUUGUCAGAAACAAAAUUUACUGAUGAAAAUGUUGUUAAAAUUGAUGAAGCAAGGUGACAGUAAGGUAGUAAGGGUGUGUUCAGAACAAUACUGAAGUGUUGUAAAUACAGAUGACUAUUUAUUGACAGGAACCAGGCUCCGGGUCUGGGGUUAUGUAUACUUUGUUGUCUGUUGAUCAUAUGUUCAUAGUCAUUGAGUUGAUUCAAGUGGCAUUGUCAUUGGGCUGUACAUAAUUGCAUACAAUUUUUUGUAGCUUUUGCCUACCAACCAAAGUACAAAAAAUGAUUGUGUAAAUAAAAAGUGAGUCAUAAAAAUGUUCA